ACAUGGGUAAAGGCUUCUUCAUCAGCAAAGCGGUGGCAGUGGUCUGCGUGGUUGUAGCCAUCAGUGCUGUGGCCACCAUCAUAGCCCUCUCAGUUGUUUAUGCUCAGGAGAAAUCAAAGAAUCAAGAGACUCCGACGACUCCGACGACUACAACGACUACAACGACUGCUGGACCUGGCACCCAGACCACCACACCCUCCACCCCAAAAGAGCCCUGGCAGCACUACAGACUUCCAGAUUCAUUUUCUCCUAUCUCAUACAAUGUGACCCUGUGGCCCCGGCUGACUCCCAACCCUGAUGGCCUCUACAUCUUCAGCGGAUACUCCACGGUGCUGUUCACAUGCGUGAAGGAGACUGACCUCAUUCUCAUCCACUCCAACAAGCUGAACUUCACAAUGUUUGACGGAUACCACGCACAGCUGAAAGCUGUGGAUGGAGCUUCUGCACCCCAGCUGAAAAAGAGUUGGCUGGAGGUUCCUACUCAGUAUCUGGUGAUCCAGCUCAGCAGCCCUCUGCAGGCCGGCAGCACUUAUGAGCUCUUCACAGAGUUUGUCGGAGAGCUGGCCGAUGACCUGGGAGGAUUCUACAGGAGUGAAUAUAAUGAAGACGGCGUGCAAAAAAUUUUGGCCACGACUCAAAUGCAGCCGACGGACGCGAGGAAAGCCUUCCCCUGCUUCGAUGAACCAGCUAUGAAAGCCGUCUUCCACAUGACACUCAUUCACCCCCACGGGACUGUAGCUCUGUCUAACUCCAUGAACUAUGAACCUAUAAACAUCACCACUCCGGAUGGUUUGGAUUUAAUCCAGACAAGCUUUGGACCCACAGAGAUUAUGUCAACCUACCUGCUGGCUUUUGUUGUGUGUGACUUUGGAUACAUUCAGUCAGAUCUAGGUGCAGAUGUUUUGAUCAGGAUCUGGGCUCGCAGGAAGGCUAUAGAUGAGGGCCAGGGUAAAUAUGCCCUGGAGAAGACUGGACCCAUACUUUCUUUCUUUGAGAACUACUACAAAAUUCCCUACCCCCUUAAAAAGUCAGACCAGAUCGCUUUGCCUGACUUCAGUGCUGGAGCCAUGGAGAACUGGGGUCUGAUCACCUACAGAGAGACUGCACUCUUAUACAAUCCUGCAGUGUCAUCUAAUGGAGAUAAAGAGUGGGUGGCAACAGUCAUCUCCCACGAGCUGGCUCAUAUGUGGUUUGGAAACUUAGUGACCACGAAGUGGUGGAAUGACUUGUGGCUUAAUGAGGGAUUUGCCACCUACGUCUCUUAUCUUGGAGCCAACUACACAGAGCCAGACUGGAAUAUGAGCGAUUUAAUAGUUUUGAAUGAGAUCAUUGGUGUGAUGGCUGUGGACGCUUUGGCCUCUUCUCAUCCCCUCUCAUCCAAAGAGGCGGACGUCAUGAGACCAGAGGACAUAAAUGCACUGUUUGACUCCAUCACGUACAGCAAGAUGUAUUUAGAAGAGUUCAAAUAUAAAAACACAGUCUACCAAGACCUGUGGAAGAACCUGCAAACGGCAGUGGAUAAUGCUGGCAUACAGCUGCCCCACUCUGUGGAAGUGAUUAUGAACCGGUGGAUCCUACAGAUGGGAUUCCCAGUGGUCACCAUCGACACCAGUACUGGAAAAAUCUCUCAGAAGCACUUCCUGUUGAACCCAGAUUCUGUGGUGGACGUACCUUCAGAGUUCAAUUAUGAGUGGUUUGUCCCGAUUACCUGGAUUAAGACUGGUGCAGCUAAAGAUCAGUACUGGCUUCUUACCAAAGAAGCAACAAACCCAGACAUGAAGAUUGGUGCUAGUGAAUGGUUGAUAGCCAACAUAGACAUGAAGGGCUUUUAUAGAGUAAAUUAUGAUUCUGAAAACUGGGACCGUAUCCUCACCAAGCUGAGCACCCAACAUCAGUGGAUAGCGUCAUUAAUGUACAAUCAGGUGAACGCACUCACCUGGGGCUGCGGCACAGGAGUAGAGGGUUGUAAGGAACUGACAACUGCGUGGUUCAAAGAGUGGAUGGACAACCCUGAUAAUAACAUGAUUAGCCCUAACUUGAGGACCACAGUGUACUGCAGUGCAAUUGCUGAAGGAGGAGUGGUGGAGUGGGACUUUGCCUGGAGAAUGUAUAAGAAUGCUACCAUUGCCUCGGAGGCUGAAAAACUUUUGUAUGCUCUGUCCUGCACCAAACAGCCCUGGCUGCUGAACAGGUAUCUGGAAUACUGUCUGGACCCAACGAUGAUCCGUAAGCAGGAUGCCACCUUUACCAUCAAUUACAUUGCCGGUAAUCCAAUUGGACAGCCCCUGGCUUGGGACUUUAUUAGAGCCAACUGGGAUCACAUUUUCAAUAACUAUGGUGGAGGAUCAAUAUCCUUUGGAAGACUUAUUACUGGAGUGACCAAACGUUUCUCCUCUGAGUUUGAGUAUAAGCAGCUGCUGCAGUUUAAAGAAGAUAACAUAAACCAACUUGGCUCAGCUGCCUCAUCUCUUGAGCAGGCGCUUGAGAGAACCAAGGCCAACAUGGACUGGUUGGCUCUGAAUAAGAAACUAGUGUUUGACUGGUUCACCGAUGAAAUCUCAGGGACAGUUUGAUAACUGAAACACAGUUUUC